AUGGUCUCAGCUAGCACAGUCACUCAUUUGGGUUUGAAGCCCAUCCCUCACCCUCAACCCUACAAGGUUUCUUGGGUUGAAAUGUCUUUUAUGCCUGUAUCCCAGCAGUGUUUAGUCCCCAUCCAAAUCGGUUCAUAUAAAGACAUGUUGUGGUGUGAUGUUUUGCCUAUGGAUGUAUGUCACAUCAUUCUAGGAAGGCUGUGGUUAUAUGAUAGAGAUGUCAUGAUUUUUGGUCGCUCGAACGUGUGUACAUUCACGCAUAAGGGCAAGAAAAUCAAGAUUAAUCCGUUGCCACCCAAGAGCCACACACACAAGGCUAGGGAUGUGAAAACGAGUGAGUCAAGGAAGGAUGUGAGGAAAUUCACUCUGAAGUCUCUACAUAUCAUAAAUGCAAAAGAGUUUGAGAAAGUGACAGAGGAUGAUUGGACGGUGUACGCCUUAUUGGCUAGAGAAGUUACACCCGAGGUUCAUGUAGAGUUACCCCCUGAGGUGACUUCGGUUCUUGAGGAGUACAGUGAUGUAUUCCCCAAGGAUUUACUGGAUGAGCUUCCUCUUAUGCGGGACAUCCGGCAUGCCAUUGAUCUCAUCCCGGGGUCUUCUUUACCGAACCUUCCUCAUCACAGGAUGAAUCCUGCAGAACAUGCAGAGUUGUAUAGGCAGGUAAAUGAUCUCUUGCAAAAGGGUUUCAUCUGUGAGAGCAUGAGUCUAUGUGGCGUACCAGCUCUAUUAACGCCUAAGAAAGAUGACCUCAAGAGCGGGUAUCACCAGAUACGCAUACACUAUAGAGAUGAGUGGAAGACAGCCUUCAAGCCGAAGGAUGUGUUGUACGAGUGGUUGGUCAUGCCCUUUGGCUUGACUAAUGCAGAUGACCCAGGUUUUAAGACCCUUUAUGGGGUUGUCUUCUUAGGGUUCAUAGUGUCGUCUGUAGGGAUGCGAGCAGAUCCAAAAAAAGUCAAGGCCAUAGUUGACUGGCCUAAACUGCGGAACAUACAUGAAGUGAGAAGCUUUCAUGACUUAACCACAUUUUAUCGUCGGUUCAUUCGAGGGUUUAACACUAUUAUGGCUUCCAUUAUUGAUUACAUUAAAAAGGGAGAGUUUAUAUGGUCUAAGGCUGCAGCUAAGGCAUUCAAAGAUAUUAAGGGUAAGAUGAUAGAGGCUCCCAUCAUGCGUCUUCCACAUUUUUCUAAAGUCUUUAAAGUAGCGUGUGAUGCUUCAGGCGUAAGUAUAGGAGGAGUACUAAGUCAAGAGGGUCAUCCAAUUGCCUAUUUUAGUGAGAAACUGAAUGAGGCAGAACAAAAGUAUUACACCUAUGAUAAAGAAUUUUAUGUGGUAGUGCAAUCGUUAUGUCAUUGGCGUCAUUAUCUUCUACCGCAAGAAUUUGUCUUGUUUUCUAAUCACGAGACUUUGAGGUAUUUCAAAUCCCAAAAGAAGCUUAACCCAUGGCAUGCCAAGUGGGCAGUGUUUCUUCAAGAAUAUUCAUUUGUCCUGAAACAUAAAGUCAGGAUCGAGAACAAACCAGCCGAUGCCCUUAGUAGGAGAGUGACAUUGCUCAACCCCUUGAGUGUAAAAGUUGUCGGGUUUGAGCAAUUGAAAGACAAGUAUCCCAUGUGUCCAAAUUUUGGGGGAACAUAUGUGCACUCUUAG